UACAUGAUGCGAGUGGAUAAACACGCCGUAUGUGUGAUUAUUUAUCUAGAUAAACAUCUGAAUCGUGAACCAGCUACUGUAGAAUUUAUAACAAAUAUUGUUACUUCCUUAAGAGGUAGUACUGUCAUUGAAGAAUUAAUUAGAGUCGAUUAAAAUGAAUGCUGUAUUGUUGUAAAUAGAUCCAUCUAAUUAAUCCUUCAUUCUUCACAAUUUAUAUUCUCUUUCUGUUUUAGUAUAAAAAGUGGAUAUAAAUGAAAUGAUCUUUUUUUUUUUUAUCCUGUAUCUAAACAAUGCGUGUCUCAGUUCUUGCUCUUAUUAUUCCUACAGCCGUAUACGCUGUUGCCAUUGAUAAAAACAAUGUGGAUCAGGUAAACGGGGAAAGUCUCGUAGGUUACUUCAAAAACAUGUGGCUGUCAAAGCGAGACAUUUUAUACCGAUACCAUAACAACCAUGAUUCCUGGGACAACAAUGGAGGAUCUUGGCGUGAUGCACCUUGGCGCGAGGGCCCCUAUGGAGGAGGUCCUUAUCCCGAAGCACCUGCUUAUUCUAUCGGAAGUUCUCCUUCGGCCUAUCAACCUUCGGCCAGUAUCCAGGCGAGUGCAAGCGCUUCCUCUGUCGGUGGCUAUAGCAACAGUGCUGUCGUAUUUUCAACAAACGCCGCCGUGGCAUCACCCAGUGCCAAACCCUCUGCCAGUAGCAGCAUCAAUAAUGCACCAUCAGCAGUAGCAUCACAACAGGCUCCUGUAUCUUAUUCGGUCCAGAUUGAGAAUGGCAACUAUGUUUAUCGCCCGGUAUAUAGCCCAAGUUCAGCAAGUGUCAAUGAUGAUGAAUACCCAUCGGAAAGUUUCUCGGAACCCGAUCUCGCUUUAUUCCCUACAAAUUCUCCUUUUGCUAAACACUAUCCCGAAUUCCAAGAGCCUGAAGGACUCUUUGCUGGGAAUUAAAAUCAAAAAGAGGAAUCCAGUCCAGUCUUCAAUCUAAAUUAAUAAAUAACACUGAGUUUUCUUUCUUU